GCAGGACCCCAAGUGAUGCUGGUUUCCUCAGAGGACGAGCCGAGCCCGGUGCGACUGGACAGCACGGCGGAGCUGGUGGCCGUGCCUGCUGGCCAGCGGGCGUGAACCUCAGGAUCUCAGCGUCUCGAUCCGAGAGCAAGCAUGUCCAAGAAAGGCCGGGGCAAGGGCGAGAAGCCCGAGACGGAGCCGGACGCCGUGCAGAUGGCCAACGAGGAGCUGCGGGCCAAGCUGACCGGCGUUCAGAUCGAGGUCCAGCAGGAGAAGAGCAAGAUGGAUGAGAUCAAAGGGAAAGACCGGGUGAUCCUGGCCUUGGAGAAGGAACUUGGCGUGCAGGCCGGCCAGACCCAGAGGCUGCUUCUGCAGAAGGAGGCCUUGGACGAGCAGCUGGUGCAGGUCAAAGAGGCCGAGCGGCACUACAGCAGCCCCAAGCGGGAGCUCCCGCCUGGGGUCGGGGACGGGGCGGAGCUCGCGGGUGCCCAGGAUCAACACACGGACGAGCGUGAUGUCAGGCGAUUUCAGCUAAAAAUUGCCGAACUGAAUUCGGUGAUACGGAAGCUGGAAGACCGAAAUACCCUCCUGGCAGAUGAGAGGAACGAACUGCUGAAGCGCUCGCGGGAGACCGAGGUCCAGCUGAAGCCGCUGGUGGAGAAGAACACGCGAAUGAACAAGAAGAACGAGGAUUUGCUGCAGAGCAUCCAGAGGAUGGAGGAGAAGAUCAAGAACCUCACGAGGGAAAACGUGGAGAUGAAAGAAAAGCUGUCGGCCCAGGCGUCUCUGAAGCGGCACACCUCCCUGAACGACCUCAGCCUGACCAGGGACGAGCAGGAGAUCGAGUUCCUGAGGCUGCAGGUGCUGGAGCAGCAGCACGUCAUCGACGACCUCUCACUGGAGAGAGAACGGCUGCUGCGCUCCAAGAGGCAUCGAGGGAAGGGGCUGAAGCCACCCAAGAAGCAUGUUGUGGAGACAUUUUUUGGAUUUGAUGAGGAGUCUGUGGACUCGGAGACGUUGUCAGAAACGUCCUACAACACAGACAGGACCGACAGGACCCCGGCCACGCCCGAGGAAGACUUGGACGAUACCACAGCCCGAGAAGAGGCGGACCUGCGGUUCUGCCAGCUGACCAGGGAGUACCAGGCCCUGCAGAGAGCCUACGCCCUGCUGCAGGAGCAGGUGGGGGGCACGCUGGACGCAGAGCGGGAGGCCCGGACUCGGGAGCAGCUGCAGGCUGACCUGCUGAGGUGUCAGGCCAAAAUCGAAGACUUGGAGAAGCUGUUGGUGGAAAAGGGCCAGGAUUCCAAGUGGGUUGAAGAGAAGCAGCUGCUCAUCAGAACAAACCAGGACUUGCUGGAAAAGAUUUACAGACUGGAGAUGGAAGAGAACCAGCUGAAGAAUGAAAUGCAAGACGCCAAGGACCAGAACGAGCUGUUAGAAUUCAGAGUGCUAGAACUCGAAGUAAGAGACUCUAUCUGUUGUAAGCUCUCAAACGGAGCAGACAUUCUCUUUGACCCCAAACUGAAAUUCGUGUAACGCUCCAGAUGAUCUCAAGCAUGUGUAAAGGGGACAUGGGAUCGUUUCUUCCUUCCUUCCUUCCUUCCUUUCUUCCUUCCUUUCUUUUUUUAAAUCUGUACGUUCAGAAUAAUUUCACUGCCUUAAUGUGUUCUGGAGAGAAUGCUCACCGAAGUCUAUGGACAUGUACCAGAGCUAAUAUAUUUAUUGCCUACGGCUUGUUUUGCACUUAAUAAAAUAAUUUGUUUUUGCAAUA